AUGCCAGGCGGUGAAGAUUCGAAACCCGGAAAAGGUAGUUCAGAAUCGGGUUCAGCAAGAACACCAGAAGCAUGGGAAAACCCCAAUCAUCCUCUAUACCUCCAUCACUCGGAUCAGCCUGGUGCAAUACUUGUAUCACAAUCCUUGGAGGAGAACAAUUACAUGGCUUGGAUCCAGUCCAUGAGCAUGGCCCUAACCAUCAAAAAUAAGAAAGGGUUUGUUGAUGGAUCAAUUCCAAGGCCAACCAACAGAGUUGAAGAAGCAUUGCAGUGGCAGCGCUGUGACACCUUGGUCAAAACUUGGCUGCUGGGUUCGAUGUCUAAAGAGAUCUCCGGGAGCUUUUUCAAUAUUGAGAAUGCAAUUCACGACACUGAACAAGGUAAUGGAACGGUGACAUCCUACUUCACCAAACUCAAAAGCCUUUGGGACGAGAGGGAUGCGAUCUGUGAAAUUCCAGCUAGUAGUUGUGAGGCGGCCCAGGAGAUCAAGGCAUAUAUGGAAAACCAGAAGACUAUGAAGUUUCUCAUGGGGCUUAAUGAGAGCUAUGCUGCCAUUUGA